AUGCUUGUCUUCUUCCUCUCACUUACCCAACAGGAACCAGUUGUGACUGUAGAGGGCGUUGAUAUAGUCCGCCUGAGCAUCUCAAUCCCUUCCCAAACCAUCAAGAUGCCGAACCUAGACCCCAGCAUGGUCACCGUCCCGAACCUCGGAGGCACCGUCCCCAGCCUCGGCAACGUGCCAAACCUCGACAUUCCGAGCCUGGACCUGUCGAACCUAGACCUGAAGAACCCCAGCAGCCUCGGGAAGUCCCUCCAGGACCGGCUUUCCAAUUUUGGAAAAGAAGUUUCCGAUCUCGGAAAGAACGUUAGUCAAAUCGGCAAGAAUGUGACUCGAGAGGUUUCUAAAGCCGGUAGGAACGUCUCUAAGGAGGUUUCUAAGGACCUGUCACGCAUCGGGGACGAGAUUCAAAGGGCGAUUCAGAACAACUUUGAAGGGUUGCAGGUGGAUUUGAAUGCGCAAGUGAACGUGACUGCGAGCGUGUACAAUCCAAACAGCUUCGAUGGGAUCUUCAAUUUCAUGAACAUGGGAAUCUACCUGUUCGGCAUCCAUGUCUCAAAUAUCUCGCUCCCAGCGUUUGAGCUGGGCAAGAAGCAGACGAAAAUCGCCACCGUGCCGAUCGUGGUCAAGAGCUUCCCGCUGCUCUCCACGUCCUCCUCGGCGCAAGUCAGAAGCCCCAUUGCUGCUGCUAUGAGGGAGCGCAAGAUAAAAAUGCAGACCUUUAUCAACGCUCAGGGCAAAGUAAGGGUGUGGGGAAUCUCCUCUCCCACUUACAAUGUCACUGUGAUGUGUGUCAUGACGCGACCAUCUACGUGGGAUGACGUGGAAGCGGGACAGGGGAACCUCGUUACUGCCACGUCGGAGGGAGAACGAGCUGACGUGGCAGGCGACGCAAAUGACGUGGUCAACCAAAAGGCACUCUCAGCUGAGCAAGCCAUUUUUCUGUGUCUGUCUGAAAUCGAAGAGGACGAUAGGCGGAAGGCGCGAAAGAGGCGCGUGCUGCUAGCAGGGGGAGCAGCGCUCAUCCUUCUCGCUCUCCUCAUAGCAGCAGCGGUCGCUGUUGGCGUGACAGCUAGCAAGAAAAAGUGCCAGGAAUCCAACAAUGCCACGUCAGCAGAUGCGAUGCUGACUCAGCAGCAGCAGCAGGUGGGGGAGUUGGUAGGGACUGUGCAGAUCGGGGGAAGGUGGGGGAAUGUGAGCACUGUUGUUGCGAAGCUUGACAUUCAACCCAACACCAACGGCGUUAUCUCAGCUAAGGGAGGAGGCGCCACCUCAUCAUGGGAUGCUGCCACGUGGCAGCCGUCUAGGGGUGCCGUGGAGGACACGUCAGCAGUGCAGCAGCUGGCGAAUCCGGAGCUGACACCUGUCAAUGGACGAGUGUUUGGCAUGGGAGUGGAGAGCGGGGCAACCACCGAUCCGUAUGACUACGGUGCAGCUGAAUCACCACCACCACCACCAGCAUCACCAACACCAUCACCACCGCCACCAGCAUCGCCACCACCGUCACCACCAGCAGCACCGCAGACACCAUCAGAAGCACCAGCCGCAAAUUCGAGCUCCUCGGGACCUUUGGAUAUCCUAAGCAGGAUUGCAGCACUUAUCAAGCCUCCGGACCUGUCAGUUCAAGGAGUCGACUUCCAGAACGGCCACCUGACCGUUUCCGGACCGGACUCCUGGAGUUUCAGCCUCGAGCCGUUCAAGGAGGUCAGCCUCGAUCUGACGGCGCUGAUCAACGUGGCGGCGGUGGUGUCGAAUCCGAACCCCAUUGAGAUCAUCGCGCAGGAGGUCAACAUGGACGUCAGCUUCUACAGCGUCGACGUCGGCUACGCUGAUAUCCCAGACUUCACUCUUCCCGCCAACAGCAGCGCCACCAUCACUGUCCCCUUCAACAUCGACAACUUCCCCCUGCUCUCCUUCUCGGACCAGAGCCUUAUCACAGGCUCCAUUGCAAAUGGCGAGCUCGAGUUUCAGGUUGUGAUUAAUCUGAAGGCCAGGACUCGGAUCCUUCAGAGCCUCACACCAGCUUUCAAUGUUCAACUGGUGUGUAACGCGGUGGUUAACCCUACACAAAAUAACGUGCUUUCCAAGUCAUGUAGCACGAAUAUUGCCACGUAA